UACAGUAAUGUAGGAGUAUCAAAUUACAACAUUCAGAUAAGCAAAACCAUAUCAUCCAUACGUUUUACCAGUUCUUCCAGUUGGAAGGAUCCAGUUGGAAGGCUUACUAAUUUCUGCUGGAGAUGCAGUUACAUACAGUACAUUUUAAUACUGCAGUAUUUUAGGGCUCGAUCUUUGGGAUAUAUGCCGACAUUAAGCUGAGUAUGUAUUCUGGUCCACUUACAAUAUAUAAAGGAGCCCAUUAAACAGGGAGAUGCAGUGUCCUCUCAAAUUUCUUAAUUAUUUUUGACAUGUUUAGAUUUUUUUCCUUCUACCUUUCUACUGUAUUGAUUCCUUAGGGUCAAAUAGAAUUUUAUUCAUGUUUAGUGUUGAAUCUUAUUAACAAGCGUAGGUUACUGAAAUUAAACUGACAGAUUAGUCAGAAUACAUUCUUGCUGCAGAAAUACCAUUCCAAAUAAUUGAGAAAAAAAAAUGAAAAAUUUCACUUUCUUCAUAAAUCUGUUUCUCUCGGAAAGUAAUUCAGUUUCUUAAGGGCUAUAGUGUUUUAAUAUAAUCUAUACACUUCAAAUCUCUAAAAUAAAGCCCUGUUAUAGUCUUAUGAUUAAUUGUGCCCAUAUUAAAUUUGGUCCUGUGUAACUUACAUAAAAUUGGAAAACAUUCAGAAGUAUAAAUUUUAAUGUUGUUACAGAAAAAAAAACACACAGAGUUCUUAAACGAAUUUUACGUAAUUCUGGUGCUGACUUUGUUUUUAUUGCCUUUCUGGCUUUUGAAUACCUUUUGAACAAACCACUAAUGCUAAGAGAAUGCAUCUUUGCACUAAUGUACAUCAUUAAAGUGGUGGAGUGUGCAAAUGGAAAUAGAUAAGCUUCUUGAUACGUAGCCACUGAAACUGAGUAUUUAGUCUAACUAACAAUACUAACUUUAUAAUGGAUAAAAAGUGAAACAAAGAACAAGAAUUGAAAUGGGGACCAAGAAUCCUGUGAAUGCUGAUAGGCUUCAUGUUCCUCAAGAACAAAUGGAAUCUAUUAAAUGCUUCUGAGUCUCCAUCUGCUCUGAAUCCCCAGGACUGCUUUUUUUCUUUUGGAAAUCAAAUACUCUCUAUCCAAACCCUGAUCUGCUCCUGAAUUCUUCUAAAUUUCUGAUAGCUUCUUCGAAGAUAACCUAAAUAGGUUUCAAAAGAGGAAUAAUAGUAUGUUUUCCUCAGAUCAGACCUCUGAAAUCUGUGGUUGUUCCAAGAUUUUCUUUCAUGACAGUCUUUCUUCUUAACUCUCAGUAAUGGCGUUAAGAAUGCACAGAAUAAAGAAAAAUAAGAUCCUUUCCAUGAUAUCUCUGUUUAAUCCAUGUUACUGUCAUGCUCAGAGCUUACCAGAUGACAGUGAACUCCAGCAACCUGUGAAGUCAACUGAAGUCUUUGAACGGUUGGUGUGUAAUGAAGCAGUUGAAUUCAGAGAGGAAAAUGCACCUAAUGAAAGCAUGAUGGAUGUGGAAUAUAUGCAAAAAGAUAACUCUUUGGAUAAAGCUAAGCAAACAGAAAAUACACUGGAAAUUCACAGAAGAAAAUUACACAGAGAUGAUAAAAUCAAAGUUGAUAGAACAUUAAAAAAAGUUGUAAAUCUCAAUGAUCAAGAAAGUAGCAUUAGUGGCAACAGAGAAAAUAAGCUACAUACGGAGCAAGAUAAUGUAAUGGGGUUUGGUAAUCAAAGUAAAGAAAACAAAAAUGAUAGAAAAGAUUCCUUUGUUUCAGCUGAGAUCUCUGUGAGUGCGAAUAAUUAUCCUGGUGAAAGGUUAAGUCAGCAAAUCGUUAAUGGAGAGAGACAGAAAAUAGAGGGAGUGUCAAAAAAAUUAUCUGAAGUGGAAAUAAUACGUGAAAAUAAAGAAAAAGGUUGUUCAAGAAAGGCAGGGAGCAAUGUUCCAGCAAAGGAAGGAUAUGAGAUGCAAUCAGAAACUAAUUUUGAGCUAACAAUGAAGAAAGAUGAAGUUAUUACAAAAACUGGAGAGCAUGCCCAGAGCAUCAGCCCUCACAAAGAGCAACAUUUUUCAGCAGAAACAUUUUUUGAAUGUCAGAGUAAAGAACAUUGCUUUACAGAAAGCAGUAGCAGCAAUACCGUAAGUUCUGAAGACAAAGAGUUUCAAGUGUGUGGUGAAGAUGGUGACUCUUUAUCAGGUCUAAGGAAUGCUGUACCUUUAGAGAAAGUUGCAUCUACUUUCAGAGAACUGGGAGUGCACAACAGAAGUGAAAAAAUGAAGUUAAGUCUGCAGUCUGUGGGUAAUCCAGGCAUUUCUGGUAGUAUUGAAAGGGACGCAAACAAACUGCACAGAACAUCUCUGGGUAAAAGUUACUUCAUAAAACAAAGUGAAACCCUAGAAAAAUCAACUCUAAAUCGAAAUGAAGCCAGGAGUACAACACAAGAAAUUUUGGCUUUUUCAUCAGGAAAUAUUUCAGAGAAUCAGCAUGCAACAAAAGUCUCUCAAUCUAAUCAACCAGUGGAGAGUGAUCCAAGUUUCAGUACAGAAUUGCUGAGAAAGGCAGGUGAUUUAAAUUCCCUCUCAGAAAUUAUUUCUGGAGGAGAUAAUCAUUUUCCAUUUUCAGAACAUGGAUUAGCAAAAAAGAUUUUGAGUCACGAGGGGGAAGUAAGUGAGAAGAAAAUAUCGCAGGGUAAAAAUUAUGGUUUGGACAACAUAAAUAUAAGCAGGAAGAAACUGAGUGGAGAGGACAAGUUAGAACAGGAUCAGAAAUGUAAAGAUUUAUUGCUAGUAGCAGAAAUGGACAGCAAGGAUAAAGGUCAUAACACAAAGGUACCUGGAAAAACCACUGGACUACAGAAAACAUUCUGUGAAAACACAGGAAACAAAAACUCACUUGACAGGAGAAGGGAGACAAAGACAAAAGACAGUGGUAAUGAAGAUAAAAGGAGCACAACUAUAACUGAGGUACCAGAGUUUUUAUGCAAUGCAAACAGAAAAGUUAAAUUAAGAAUGAUUCUAAACCAAUCCAAAUCAACGUUUGAAUCUGAAAAUAUGUCAAGGUCAAGUGAUUUAAAGUUGAUUCAAUAUAAUUUAAACAAUGCAUAUACUAAUGAUAUACUAAUUACUGUGCAUUUUGAUUUUUUAUUUUGAUUUUUUGUUUUUCA